CGUGUCUGUGUGUGUGUGUGUGUAAGUGUGUGGGUGUGUUAGUCCCCUUGGAUGAGCACACGAGGCUGAGGAUGCAGCUGGGAGCAUGAGUUCUGACCGAGAGGAGAAUGACAUGGUCUGUCAGAAAGCUGUGACCCUAAUUGUUGACCUUUGCCUGCACAACAGCACACUGUUGGACGAGGACACCUGUCAGGAUUUCCUCUUCCUACUGUCCAGCUACAGCUCUGAUCACAAAGAACAGGACGCUACUUUUGGCCUCCUGCUUGGUGUGUUUGUGGUCUGUGGCCUGGCUCUGCUGGGCCUUCUUACAUUCGUCUCCUGGAAGCUGUGCUGGGUGCCUUGGCGGACUAAGGCCCAUUUCCCCAGUGCAUCCCUCAGUCCGGCCUGCGGCCCACAGCACUGCCCGCUCCAGCCGCCUCUCCUGCUGCCCAGCCCCCAGCAGUCACCCGUCACCAUGGCGACAGAGAAGGUGAAGGACCCCAUGGGUUCGAUGGGUUUCCUGGAGGCGGCGGUGAAGAUAAGCCAUACUUCCCCCGACAUCCCCACCGACGUUCAGCUCUCCAUGAGGGAGCACUUCCUGCGCCGCACGCAACGCAUGCAGAGACAGACCACUGAGCCGGCCUCUUCCACUCGGCACAAUUCUUUCAAGAGACACCUGCCCAGGCAGAUGCAAGUAGGCAGUCUAGACCUCGGAAAUGACUACAUGGUGGACAAGGAUGAAAAGCCCACCAGCAUUGGCCGCAUACAGCCAGAGCUCUACCAACAGAAGGCCGCGGAGUCAGAGGAGUCAUCCAAGAACGGCAGCAGCAAAAACUGUGGCAGGAUUAACUUCUCCCUCAAGUACGACUACGAAAACGAGGCCCUCCUGGUCAACAUCAUCAAGGCAGUAGACCUUCCUGCCAAGGACUUAUGCGGCACGUCCGACCCGUACGUGAAGGUCUACCUCCUACCCGACCGCAAGAAGUUCCAGACUCGUGUCCACCGGAAGACGCUCAACCCCACAUUCAGUGAGAGCUUCCAGUUCCCUGUGCCUUACGAUGACCUGGCUGCCAGGAAGCUCCACAUGAGCGUCUUUGACUUUGACCGCUUUUCACGGCACGACAUGAUUGGGGAGGUGGUUCUGGAGAACUUGUUUGAGACGUCAGACCUGUCCAGGGAGACAAACAUAUGGAGGGACAUCCAGUAUGCCACCAGUGAGAGCGUUGACCUUGGGGAGAUCAUGUUCUCACUUUGCUACCUGCCCACCGCAGGCAGACUCACACUUACUGUCAUCAAGUGCAGAAACCUCAAGGCCAUGGACAUCACCGGAUACUCAGAUCCCUACGUCAAAGUGUCACUGAUCUGCGACGGAAGGCGUUUGAAGAAGAAGAAGACGAGCAUCAAGAAGAACACUCUGAACCCCACCUACAACGAGGCCAUCAUCUUUGACAUCCCGCCAGACAGCAUGGACCACGUCAGCCUGCACAUCUCUGUCAUGGACUACGACUUGGUAGGUCAUAAUGAGAUCAUUGGUGUGAUGCGGGUUGGAUGCCACGCCGACGGACUUGGCAGGGACCACUGGAACGAAAUGCUGGCUUAUCCGAGGAAGCCCAUUGCACACUGGCACCCCCUGCUGGAGUCCAAGAAGUCUGAGAAGGAGUGGAAGGCGAGGACAGCCAGCUUUGACAGCCAGGGCUCCUGCCCCUCACCCAGGCCCCCUGCUAGUCCCUGAGCAGAGCCACCUGUGACCCAGCAGCCCAGAAGGGGGUUUUCCUCCCUCCUGCUGAUCCACUUCCUGUCUGUCUGAUUGAGGAGAAACACAACCCCACUGUCUCUCCCCCUCUCUAUCUCCCUCUCCCUCUCCCUCUCUCUCUGUCCCUACCUUCCUCAAGUCUAGUCCCAGAACACUUCCAAGAACUGAUCUACCAUCAGUCAGUUAGUUGUGUGAAGCGCCGUCUCUUCGGGUUAAAGUUUCAGGUUGUCCAUUUGAAAUGUGGGUGUUGUGAUGGCCCAGAGUCAGCUUUGUCGUCCGUGAGAUUGGCUGGACAUCCAGUCUGCUAGACACUUAUUAUCGAGCUGUCCGCGCUGAGGCGAACUGAUCUCGUCCUCAAAGGAGUCUUUCCAAACACUGAAGAUUCAGCUUUGCAGAGGCCGCAGAAACUCUUUGAUGGAAAAAAAAGUGCUUCGGGUAUCGCUACCUGAAAGCGGAGGAAGUUCUACAGAGGGAAGCUGAGGACACGGCCGUGGUACAAAAAGAGUCGAUCUUAAAAGAGAUCUGAAGGACUUUCAAACCUCUACAGCUCGCUCGCAGUGAAUCUUACAAUGUUGCAUUCCCAUGAGACGUAUCCGGACUGUAGCAUUUUGGAACUAGACAUUAAAAAGUAAUUUAUUAUCAUUUGUGAUGCUCCAGCUGAGUUUACCGUACUUCCAGGUUCACUGUCACUAACGUGCAAAUAUUUGGUCUACAGCUUAAAACAUUCGCAAUUUUGUCUUCAAAAGCAACCAUUUUACAUGGCGCAGAAGAAGAAACAACAGGAUUAUUGGAAUUCACAGUAGAGGAAACUGGCUGCAUUUUCUUUUCUUUUUUUUCAAUACAGGAAGUGGGAGCUUAAAUUACCAGAAAAAAAGGCACAACUACUUUACAUUACCAACUGAAAACCAACCUAAAAAACAGAUGUUAAAAGAGAAUUUUGACAACAAAAAGAGCUGCAAAGGUUUCUGUACACAGGGACAUUUUGAGCACACUUUACACACCCUUACCUCUUUCUCUGUUUGACGUUCGCUUUUGAGCAAUCUCACCUUUUCUUCCAAGUGGAAACUCACACACAAUGUUUUCCUUCCAAAAAACACUCUUUAAAGCACUUUGUUGUCUCCUACUGUUCUUUUUUUUUUUUUUUUUUUUUUUUUUUUUACAGAAACUGGUGGAUGUGUAUUGCUUAAUGUACAGGUGUCUUCUGGUUACCGUACAUACGUUUUGUUUUUCUAAACUGAAAAAAAAAAAAAAAAAGAUUUUAAAAUUUGACUUUUGGUGACUGAUGACUGAGGAAAUCCGAAACAAAAAAAAGCAGACAUACUCCUUAUUUCAGAGACAUGCAACUCUGCAUUUAUUCUGUCAGUAAUUACACUGUUCGCUUGGUGUACACAGAAUAUGCGUAUUUGUAUUUUCCACCCAGAUGCUUGAUAUUGAUCUGCAGCAUAGACCACUGUUGUUACUGUUUAAAAGAUAUUUGGUGUGAAAGGGAAAAAAAAAGUUUUCUUAUCUGUGUGAUUCCUUAAGUGGGUGCCUGCAAAGACAGAUAAAGGUUUUUAUCAGAUAGACGAUGCACAAAAUCCCAGUUAAGGCCUUGAUUAUCCUGUAAUCAAUUUAUACUCGUUCAGGUGAAAAGUAGUAAUGUAGUUGUUUUAAUAAAAAUAUAUGUUGAAUAAUAUGGGUUGCAUUUACCCUGUAGUAGUACUAGUUCUGUUUUCCUGUUUUACAGCAUUAGAUACAUGCAAGCAGGGUAGAAAAACGACAACAAGUUGUUUGUGUGCCAUAAAAUGCCAAAUCCCAGUGUAAUGUUUGGUAAAUAGUUAUAAUUCAAGAAGGAAACCUCACAUAAACCUCAAUAGACAUACUGUUAGCAUAGCGUUCUGCUUAAAAGCGCUGCCUUUUAAACAGCUGAUUGAUAGUUUUGUUGCCUUUAAAUGGAACCACAUGGGAAGUUGUGUCCCUUAAACUGCUUGUUGUUCGAGUGGUAACGUCAGUUGUUACUCAUGGGAACACUGGGUAGCUGUCGAUGUCUGGAAGACUUAACAAUUUAGCGAGCUAGCAGGCUAAAGACUGGGUAACUUAAUGAAAGCAUGAAGCCGUUGGCAAUCAGACAUACUGUAAAAUGACUGUAAAUUACAAUAUAUUCACUAAACAUCCUCCUCCACCAGUUCUGAAAACGUCAGCUAAUUGUUCACAUUCAAGGUUGUGACUGCUGCAAGAGGGCGGCAUUAAUAUCCUGUUUUCUGCAAAAACACAACCCUAUUUGAAGGCAGCAACACACACGGGAGGUAGAAAAAAACAACUUGAGAACUGUUUGUUGUGCCAAAACAGGAGGAGAAAACCAUACAAAAUCCUAAGAAACCAACAUUAUCCAUUAGCAUGUAGCAUUAUUGCUAUCUAAAGACACUCAGGUCAGGUCACCCUUAUGUCCUUUGUGACACCAAAGAAUUGUGUAUAAGUAUAAAGAUGAUAAGGCCCGUGAAAGAGACAAGCAUUCCUUCAGUGAGACUGCACUGUCUAUAAAUAAAAAUAGUAUCUCUGGGACUUAAAAUUUAAGCCAAUGCAGAAGUCGUAAAAAACACAGUUCCUGGAAUGACCACUUGAGUCCAAAAGCGAGUCUAAAUUCUAUCUGACAAUCUGGUCAGAGCCCUGUGUUUUAAAGAAGUGGUGGACAGUUUAAUGCGGUACACAUUGUUUACAGUACAUUGUAAACUGUUCACACGUGUUGCCAUGUACACCACACAGCACAAAUUUAUGCUAACUUUACCUUUUUAUGAUGGCAUCAUUUUCAUGAGUGGCCUUUGCACAUUUAAUUCCUGCAAGUUUGUGUAACCAGAGUUUGUGUUAUCACUGCAAACAUUCCGUGUGACAUUGAAAUAGAAAGCUUACAUCAUGAGCAAAGAAACAAUAUGAAACGAGAGAGAAAAUCACCUGCAACCUAUAACUUUCCUUGGUGUUGCAAGGUUUUUAAAUUAUGCCCCUGAAUUAUUGUUGUUUUCUACCUCCCAGUCUUGUGCCCAUCCUGAGUUUUUAAUAAUUAAAAUAUAAAAUAUUAGCGAUUGGAGAUAGCUUUGUAACUGAAAAAAAAAUGAAAUAAAUAAUAAUAAUAAUUAAAAAACAAAACCUUAAUAAUUCUUUCAUUCCAGUUUCAGGAUUUUCCUCCCGUGUCAGUAGACUUAUUUUGCUGUAAUUGGCAAGCCCAGAUACAAUCAGUACGUUCACACCAGGAAAUGUUAAGCUACAGAGAAAAAGUGAUAUCAAGCAGGAAAGCUGCCAGCCAACAUUCACAGAUUAAAUUCAGCAGGGCUUGCACGGAUCGUUUCCUUUUGAUAGGAGAGGAGAACAUUUAUUGAACAGUAGUUUUGUAUUAUCUCUACAGCAGCAUCUUUAGUCUGAUAUGGUCUGGGCCCGGAUGGAGAUGAGUCUAGACAUCUCUGGCACAGCUCAGCUUCCGUCCGCUGCGAAACGAGCUAUCCAUCACCACGUUUUUGAAGAUGUCAUUGAAAAAUUGGGGGUUAGACAUCAAGACACGAGCAGAUGCAUUCAGCAGAUCCAGAAGAGUCUGUUUUAGCCAUUACCUCCGCGGAUAGUUUACUCAGAGAGCUGCAGCGGCUCUGUGUUUGUGGAAGAGACUGAGAUGACAGAGCAGGGGCAGCUGAUGGGUGGAGGGGUCAGCAUCUACUGAGAAGUGGCAUUUCUCUAAUUGGCACUUGUCGUAGCGAGAAUGAGUCAGUGCAUUGUUGUUAGUGCUUGCUGUAAUCCACCAUAGCAUCAACACCCCUCCACUAAUGUGACGGUCUUAAAUUUGCUCUCACUCGCGCAGUCGUUUUAAUGGUGAAAUUCCUCUCUAGACUAAUGGCAUUAUUUAUAGAUUUCUAAUAUAUUCUUUAAGUGUACGAUUUGAAACAAGUGGUUGAAUAAUAAUAAUAAUGAUAUUAAUAAUAACAAUAAUAAUAAUCUUGUUUCUGUUCCUUCUUUUAUGAAACGUGCUUUAUGAUGGUCAUAUAUUUCUCUGACGACGUGUUGUGUUUUCAUAGUAGAUAAAUCAAUUGCCUCAGUUCAUGGACUGUUUCAAGACCUUCUAGCUUUGCCUAAUAUUGUAACGUUUCUUGAUAUGAUCUCGUAUCCCUUGCAACUGAUAGCACCGAAUUUCCAAUUUUUUAUUGAACAUUUUGUAUUUGUAACAAUAGAAAUGUUUGAGAAAAUGUUAGUUCAGACUAAUAUCUAUUAUCCUUUUAGGUUCUUGAUAAUUAUGAAAACUCAUAACCCGAGUGUGUAAAGUAAACCGAAAUAGCAUACAGUAUUUCCACCACUAAAAAUUGUCAUUCUUUUGUUUCAACAAGUCUGAAAAUCAACAUCAGAAAAUUGCUUGUUGUUUUUUUUUUGUUUUGUAUUUUCUUCCACGGGGUGUGAUGUGUUAUCAGUUCUGUGACAUGGUUUUCUUUUCUUUGAUUAAAAGACUUAUGCAAAAUGG